AUGUUCCCCAAGGGAGACACCAGCCCAGCUGAAGACAGUACUGAGCCAGCAUCUCCCCAAUGUUCGCUCACAGAAUUAUAUGCAUUUGUUGAGAACUUCAGUAAGAAGAGCAAGAAAUUGAAUCUCUUAAAAACAUGCGGUAUUUCACUUGAUGAAGCACAGAAAUUGCUUACUAAAAACCUGGACGCCAUGUCCUUCGCCAGGGGCGCUGUCAUGGGGAGAGAAGAUCCCCAACCUGUUUUCAUGUGCACAAUGGUUAAAAAGGAGGAGCAGAAGCAGCCAGAGUCCAUGGCGGACCUCCUGCACCGCAGCCUGCUGGGCGGCUGGGAGUUGCCAGUGGAGAGGCUCUGCCGGUCCCAGCAGAGGCUGUGGCAGUGUGGAAUCCCCGCGCCCGCGCACACCUUUCCUUAUGACAUUCUCAAGGAUCAUUCGAAGGAUAUGUCCCGGUUCGCCAACCUGAAGAAGAUUCAGAGCACCAGAGUCUCAUGCAGGCUAGGCCUUCCCAAGGCCAGCUCAGGAAAGUUCACCUGCGAAGACAGAGUUCCUAAACACAUCUUAGUUGACUCAGAAAAGCAAUUCUUGGAUCUAAAGGAUCUGGAAUGGAGAUACUUUAAGGGGAUUACAAAAUGGAAGCACACUACAAAGCCUUCAUUCCUAGACAUAAAAUACGACACUGAGAAGAGGUUUGUAGAGAGCCAGGACAUGCCUGGUGUCAUUUUCCCCCCUAUAGUUCGUAAAUCAGUAGUUAUUUAUCCUCAAAUCGAUUAUCAAAAAGAAGGAACUUAUUCUCUUAAAUGGGAUAUGUAG